ACAGAUAAAAUGGCGUCCGAAAACAGCCCUGAAUCCCAGGAAGAGCAAACAGCUCUGAUAGAGAAGGACCCAGAACAAGAUGAACAUCAGACAUGUGGCACAGUCGCAGAGAAAAGCGAAUCCAAACUGACUCUGUAUCACUGGACUCAGUCCUUCAACUCUCAGAAGGUGCGCCUGGCCAUGGCAGAGAAAGGUUUACGCUGUAAGGAGUACAAUGUGAGUCUACCGCUCAGUGAACACAACGAGCCCUGGUUCAUGCAUCUGAACCCCACUGGUGAGGUGCCCGUCCUCGUCCACGAUGAAAACGUCAUCUGUGACCCAACACAGAUCAUGGACUACCUGGAGCAGAACUUCAACGAUGAAGGCACUCCCAAGCUGAUCCCUGAAGAGGGCAGCACAUACUACCACAGAGUGCAGCACUACAGAGAGCUGCUGGACUCACUACAGAUGGACGCCUACACCCACGGCUGCAUCCUCCACCCUGAGAUCACAGUGGACUCCCACAUACCAGCGUAUGCUGCUACAUGUAUACGAACACAGAUCGGGAACACACAGUCUGAGCUGAAGAAACUGGCAGAGCAGAACCCGGAGCUUAAAGAUGCUUAUAUAGCCAAACAGAGGCGCUUGAAAUCCAAGCUGUUUGACCAUGACAACAUGAAGUACCUGAAGAAGCUUCUGGAUGAACUGGAGAGUGUGAUGGACCAGGUCGAGACGGAGCUACAGAGGAGGGUGGAAGAAACACCAGAAGGCAGUCAGUCCUGGCUGUGUGGUGAUUUCUUCAGCAUGGCCGAUGUCUCUCUGGCAGUCACCCUACACCGCCUCAAGUUCCUCGGCCUCUCCCGCCGCUUCUGGGGCAACGGUAACCGUGUGAACCUGGAGACUUAUUACAAUCGUGUGGUGGAGCGCCCGGCCUUUAGGAGAGUCCUGGGCCAUGUCAACAACAUCCUGAUCUCUGCUGUCCUUCCUGUGGCGUUCCGUGUGGCCAGGAAGAACGCGCCGGUUAUCCUUGGCACCACUCUGUUGAUAGGCGUUCUAGGAGGAGCUACGUACCUAGCUUUUCUUUACAUGAAGAAGAGGCUGGCUGUCUCCUUCUGAGGGGGCCAACAAGGGCUGGAGUUGCUUUGGGACUGAACUGGGGACUGGGUGGUAGAAAAACAGACAAAAAUACGACAAAGGUCGCCUAAAUCAUAAUUUAAAUUGUGUGAAGUUAAAGUGCAGGGAGGAAUUUGAUCAUUUAGCAGACAUUAAUAAUAUGUAACUGAAUCAAACCUUGAUUGUCUUGUUUUCUGUGUUGCUGGUUGCACAAAAUGCACUUUUAUUCAUCAUCAGUACGUGACUGCUGCAUUACACACCAAAGGAUCAUACUGGUAGUUUUACAUGUUUUUGCCAUUUCUUAUAGAUCACAUUUACCAUAUCUAGUGUGGCUUUGUAGAUAAACUUUUUAAAGGAGCUCCAUACGACAUUCAGAGAAAUAUAGCGGUUAAACAGCUAUUUGCUAUGUAAAGAUAUGGUGGACUAAUAGCGUCCUGAGUAGAGAAACAGUCACUCUACCUUUCUAUGUGUUGUAAUACGAGCUUCUCUGUCCUUUGUUGAGGUAGAUGGCCCAGCCACACGUGCAGUGUAUCCCACUAGCUAGCUAACUGUCACCACUCUGCACUGCGCUCAUACAGCAGUUAAUGCUGAGAACGCCAGCAAUGGCCUGGCUCUGAGUCCGUAGGGUAAGCACAUGUCAGGGAUAAACUAAAAGAAAACUUUAAACAAAUGCAAAAAUGACAAAGCUAACAACAGAUGCUGGCAGGAAAACAUACAACCAGGUAAACUAGAAUCAUGCAAAAAAUGUACUAUGCACAAAAAUAAAAGAAUUUGACAAAUAACAUCAUGUGGCACCAGGGAUA